UUGCUCACAAGCAAAGUUAUAAUUUUAUUAAUUAUCAAAUAAAUACAAAUCCCUUUUAUGAUUUUUCAUAUCAUCAAUCUCCUAGAACUGGUUCUUUAUAAUAGUUAUUAUCACAGUUAAUAGGUUAAAUCCAGCAAGAAAACCUAACUAGUAACCCUCAAGCUACUAUCUCUCACUCCCACUGAACCAAUGAAGAUGAUUCAUAUGAUGAAGGAGGACAUGAAAAUGCACAUGAAUCUCUAUUGGGGAAAAGAUGCUAUAAUACUUUUCCCUGGGUGGCCUAACCAAAGUCUUGGCAUGUACAUUUUAGCUCUAUCUUUUGUGUUUUUCCUUGCAUUGGUUGUUGAGUUUUUGCCUAACAAAUCAACCAUCAAGCAAGGGACAAAUCAUAUCAAAGGAGGGUUGAUUCAGGCUAUUAUAUACUUUUUUCGUAUUAGUUUCCUUUACUUGGUUAUGCUUGCUGUUAUGUCUUUCAAUAUAGGAAUCUUCAUUGCUGCUGUUGUUGGUCAUACCAUUGGAUUCUUUUUAGUCAAGUCUCAUGAUAUUUUUGCUGCCAACAAAGAACAAAAUCGCGAGUCCGCCAUGACUAUUGAUGACAUUUAGUCGCAGUGAUAAGGGAUUUGGAUUCCAUGCAGCCGCUGAAAAUAAAAAAUUGAUAUUCAUAUUUCAAAUUUGUAUUUUGAGUCUGACUUACUGAAGUUAAAAUGUAAAUCCUAUGAUACUGAUCUAGUGGUGUCAAAUUAUUUUAUCGCAUAAAUUGUUUGAAUAAAGUUUUCUUUUCUAUUGUAUAUGGUUGGUGAUAGGUGUUUGCAUGUGUAAUUCUCAAGGUAUUGCAUAAAACUAAGUUUCAAUUUUUUCUA